GAUACUCCUCAUCUUCUGCAAAUCUCCCUAAAAACCAGAGCAGAAGCUAGAAGGAAUUGAGUUUCACUUGCCAACAAAAAUGGCCCUUUCACUGUCUAAGAAAAGAUCUAAGCUUUCGAAAAGAGCUGCAAAAGAACAUGGUUUCUUUCAUUUCAUCUUUUCAAAACUACUCUAUCGUCUCCCAUUGACACUACUUCUCUUGAUUGUUGUGUUCCUAUGGUCUUCUACCACCACCAUAAUCUCUGGUCACAUUGUCCAUGUUUGUGUCUCGUCGAGAAAGCUCAACAAUCUGUAUUGCCUUUCUGCUGGUGCUCAGCCCAAUUUUGACAUCCCUAUUCCCCUCAUUAAUGCCAGCUCAGUUGAUGAUCAUAACCUCGAAGUUAGCAUACGAGAGGCUGCUCCUAGUGUUGAUGUCAAGAACAACAUAACCCUUGUUCCUCAGGAUAUUGCAAGGUAUGUUCAAGAGAGCCACAUUGAUGAUCAUAAACUUGAGGUGCAAGAGGACGACAGAGGCCUUAUUGUUGACAACGUUGUUGACAACGAUAAGCUCUCAGAGAUUGAGUCUGCUGUGAAGGUGGUAGAAGAGCAUCUGCAAGUUCAUCGGUCAUGGAGAUCGAAUUCAAGAAGCCUCACAACAUGUGAUGGCAGGGGGGUUUAUGUGUAUGAUCUGCCACCAAAAUUUAACAAGGAUUUGGUAGCUCAGUGUAGUGAUAUGUCUCCUUGGUUGGAUUUUUGUGAUUUUUUCAAAAAUGAGGCACUAGGAGAGCCAAUACCAAAGCUCGGAAAAGGCUGGUACAAUACUCAUCAGUAUUCUCUGGAACCAAUUUUCCAUUCCAGAGUACUGAAGCAUCCUUGCAGAGUUUACAAUCAGAAUGAAGCUAAGCUGUUCUAUGUUCCGUUUUAUGGUGGCUUAGACAUCUUGAGAUGGCAUUUCAAGAACGCGUCUCCUGAUGUGAAGGACACUUUGGCUUUGGAGCUUGUGGAAUGGCUGAAGUUGCAGAAACCAUGGGCUCUAAACUCUGGCAAAGAUCAUGUCUUUGUUUUAGGUAAAGUUUCAUGGGAUUUUCGGAGAAGGGAUGAUUCUCCUUGGGGAAGUACAUUUUUAAAUCUUGAAGAAAUGCAAAAUCCGGUGAAGCUGUUAAUUGAAAGGCAACCUUGGCAUGUCAAUGACAUUGGAAUCCCACAUCCUACUUACUUCCAUCCUCACUCCGACGAAGAUAUCAUCUCAUGGCAAUUCAAGAUCAUACAGUCAAGCCGAAACAACCUCAUCAGCUUUGCAGGAGGUGCAAGGCCGGAUUCUCCAGACAGCAUAAGAUCAGUGCUGAUCAACCAAUGCACUUCAGCAGAUACUGGAAAAUGCAAGUAUCAGAAUUGUAGCUCAGGAGGCUGUGAUCAACCUGAAUCCAUCAUUGAACUAUUUUUGGCAUCCGAAUUCUGUUUACAACCUCCUGGUGACAGUCCAACUAGAAAAUCUGUAUUCGAUUCUCUAAUAUCAGGCUGCAUUCCUGUGUUUUUUGAUCCUUUCACAGCCUACUAUCAAUACUCAUGGCAUUUGCCUGAGGAUCACGGAAGGUACUCAUUGUUCAUAGAUCAAGAAGAGGUGAGGAAGUCGAAGGUGAACGUAGUAGAGUGGCUAAUGAAGAUACCUAAGAAGGCCAGAGACGAUAUGAGGCGGUAUAUCGUGUAUGAAUUGUUGCCUGGAUUGGUGUAUGGAGAUUCAAGUUCAGAGUUCGAACAGUUCCAGGAUGCCUUCUCUAUAACAAUGAAUAAUCUUCUUGAAAAGGCGACGAGAUCAGAGUAAAAUGUACACAGAAAGGGUGUUAAAUAGUUCAAAACUGCAGAUAUUUUACAUGCAUUGCUAGAUAAUUUGAUAAUUAUUCAUUAUUUCAGAAACCGUAUUACAGAAAUCGAA